CGUGUCGAUAAACCGGAAGCCGUGAGCGGUGCUUCUUCCGGUUCCUUUGUACAGGAGCAAAUGGGUUCCAGAUAACAAUGGACCACAUGACGACGAUAAAAAGUGAAACUUGGGCAAGCCAGAUGGAUUGGUCGGCGGUCUCCUCGCAGAGCUCCCUCCUCAACCCGCUGUCCGGGCAGAAUCCGGCGUCCAUGUCGCACAUCCACAGCCUUGUCUCGCCCGCCUCGCUUUUCGCCAGCGCUACCUUUGACCCGCCCCAGUUGAUGGAUGCCGGAGAAAAGCUCAGACCACUGCAGGCUUGGCAUCAAGCCCAAAUGGGACCCCUCUGUGCGUCACCGUCCUGCGUGCCACCCCCCUCAACGCAGCCCUCUUUUCAGACGCCCUCAUCUCCGGGUUCUUUUCCAAGCAUCCAGGUGGUUGCCGCUUACAGCCUAACCUCGUUGGUUCCCCCUGCGGCACCUCAGUGGACAGACUCGGCGAACUGCCACGCCUUGAAUGACUCUGAACAUCCUGAAAAAGGUGCUGCUGCUGUUCAAACACCGGGGAUGACAAAACGUUCUAUGAUUUUACAUCAGCGUUCUCUUUUACUCAAGCAGCUGUCGGAGUUGGACAAACUGCUGGAAUCAUUGCCUCCAGAGGACAACGUCAGUGUGAAGUCACCCCCCUCAGGCGCCCAGUCGCCUCUGUCCAUGGACGAGUCGCCAUCACCUCAAAGCGAGACACCGCACAAAAGCGAGCCGGAGUGGUACGCCUCGUCGGCCGAACCGUCACCGGCGUCACCGCUCCGCCCGUCGACUCCACCGCAACCGGCGCCAUCCGACGGCGAGCCUCGCCAAGAGCCUCCAUCCAACGCCGAGCGCCGCCAUGAAGAAGACGAUAGCGACGAAUUAACGGACGACUCUGCGUGUGCAGCUGACGCAACUGAACCUGAAAAACCCUCUGCCCAAGAAUCAUCAGACGAAGGCUCUGAUUUCUUACAAAGUGACGACGGCGACGUAUCUGACGCUCUGUCGGACUUGGGAGAAGACAUUGCUCCCCGUUCGGCCAGAUCCCCUCGCGGCGCCACCAUGUCCCUGCGCAGCAAGAAGCAGCCCUGCUCAGUGCCGAUUCCCACCGAGCCGCGGGAAGCCAAGACGGAAUGGAGCCGGUUGAGGAAUGUGAAGGUGUGCGCCAUGAAAGAAGGCCAGAAGAGCUGCAAGCGGGUUUAUCGCCGCAACUACUGCUUGUUUUGCUCCAAGCCCAUCAUCAAGCUGUCCAGGCACAUGCAGCGCCAACACAGCCACAAGGAGGAAGUGUCCGCCGCCUUGCGCUUCCCCAAAGGCUCCCGAGAGAGACAGAAGUUGUGGAACCGGCUCACCAACGAGGGCAACUAUGCGCACAACAAGCAAGUGAUGCGGACCGGUGAGGGCCAGCUGGCGGCGCGCAAAAGACCCACCAAGACGGGCCAGGCGCAGGACUUCCUGCACUGCCUGUACUGUCGAGGUUUGUACAGGAAGAAGCGUUUGGCGUGCCACAUGAAGCGCUGCCCCGAGCGGCAGAAGAGGAAGAUGGAUGAGGAGCCGCGCAUAGGGAAGGAACGCGUGGAGACCCGCUGCGCCCUGGAGGCCAUGAGCGACCUGGGCAUCAGCGCCGGCUUGCGCGCCAUCCUGUCGCAUAUGAUCUACGACGACGUGACCCGCCUCAUCAUCAGCGAGCCGGUCCUGCUGGACUACGGCGAGGACAUGUUGGCACGGUACGGCUCCGACCACAAGCGGCAGGACUACAUGCGGCAGAACCUGCGACAGAUGGCUCGGCUGGUCUUGGAGGCCUGGAAGAGGACGCCGCUGAGGAGGCUGGAGGAUUUCUUUGACCCGGACAGCUUCCCGCACGUGGUGGCCGCCGUCAACGUCCUGGCCGGCUACGACUCGGCUGCCCGCACGUACAGCGCGCCCUCGCUGGCUACCAAGCUGGGCUACUCUCUCCAGCAGGUGUGCCGCAUCGUUCAGGAGAGGGCGCUAGAGCGCAGAGACUUCGCCCUGGCCGAAUCGGCCAAGAACUUCCUGGCCGUCUACAGGAAGCGCUGGGCCAAGAUGAUUUCCUCAGGCGCCUUGUCAGUUCUGAGGAAAACCAAAAGAAAAUCCAGGGAGAAAUUUCUGGACGUCCAGGAUGUGAAGAGACUCAUCUUCCACCUUGAGAAAGUCUACCACCUCGCCGAGGAGAAACUGCAUGCGGAGCCCUCAGCGGAAACAUAUGACAUUUUGGCCAGGACCGUUCUGGCCCGGAUAAUUCUGUUGAACAGGAGACAGAACAGCGAGGUGUCCAACUUACCGCUUACCGCGUUGAAAUCCGUCAAGAAGCCCGACCCGCAGGAGAACUUGGAUUUAUUAGUGAGCGAGCUGGAGAGGAGCAUGUGCAGGGUCUUCAGCAGGAUGGAGAUCCGCUCCACGUGCGGCCGCAUGGUCCCGGUCUUGCUCAAACCGAUGUUCCUCUCCGCACUGGAGCUCCUGGUGGAAGUCCGCGAGGCUUGUGGCGUCCCCGCCAAGAACCCCUUUCUGUUGGGACGUCCGCACACACUCUCCGCCUAUCGCGGCUCGGUGUGCGUGCAGAUGUUGGUCAGAGACAGCGGCGUCAGGAAUUCCGAGGCGCUGACGUCGGCCGGCAUUCGCAAGCAACACGCCGCGAUGCUGCAGGUCAACAGCCUGGACCCCACCGAGGCAGACCUCAUCCUGGGGCCCAAUAACCAAGUCAAGAGUCUUCGGAACAACGUUGGCGUGGACCCUGAAAGUCUGAAUGCAGCGCCAGUUGCAUCAUGGAACCACUGUGAGUCUUUCGCCGGAUUGACUGAUACACACGCGAGCAAUUCUACAGCGUCCAGGCGGUCUGCAAAAGCCGGUUCCCCGAUCAACAAGCACAAGUGGAGCGACUGUGAGGUCGCUGCCGUGGAGAAACACAUGAUGUCCCUCAUCCGAAAUCACAAAGUCCCACAGAAGCUUGACUGUCUCCGCUGUCUUGACGCCGAGCCGCGAGCGCUGAGCAGGCGCUCCUGGAAGGGCGUCAAGGACUACGUGAGGAACCGGAUCACCGCCCUCAAAAGACAAGACAAGUCCUCUAAGCGCUGAUGACUUACUGUACAGUUUUGACACUCUUAUCCUUUGUUUCUUAUAAAUGUUUACCAACUUUGAUUAUUGUUUCAUAUUUUCAAUUCUAUGCUCACUGUCAGUAAUUCAAAAGAGAUUCGAACUACAAUUAAAUAUAUAUAUUUUUAAAUUAGA